UAUGUCUGAAGAUUGGACUACUAAAUAAAUUGACAAAUAUAUCAUAGUCAAUAAGAAGUUAGGGAGUGGAGCCUUUGGUACUGUGUAUAGAGGAUUUAAAAAAAAUGAUGAAACAAAACAAGUUGCUGUGAAGGCAAUUUCGAUAGCUGUAAUAAUAUAUGAAUAAUCAUUUAGAGUAUCAAAGAUUCGGCCAAGAUGGUAGAACAUAUUAAAAGAGAAAUUUCAAUUUUAUAAUAGGCUAAUAAUCCUCAUAUUGUCAAAUUAUAUGAUGUUGCUCGAACACCACAUUAUUUGUAUUUAUUCUUGGAGUAUUGUCAUGAUGGAGACUUAAAAAAGUAUUUAUCAACUAAAUAUGGAAGAAGGCUUAGCGAAGUAUUAUAUUGAUUUAUUUUUUAGGUUGAAGCAGUAAUUUUCUUGAAGCAUUUAGUUGAAGGAUUUCGAACACUUUACUAACUUAAAAUUAUACAUAGAGAUAUAAAGCCAGCCAACAUAUUAUUGCAUAAAGGAGUUGCGAAAAUUACAGAUUUUGGCUUUGCUAGAGUAAUUGAUACUGGAAUGAACGGUAAUACAUUCAUCCAUAUAAAUUAGAUCCCGCUUACUUUUCAAGAGUUGGAUCACCUCUUUAUAUGGCUCCACAAAUACUUGAAGGUUAGCCAUUUUCAUCUAAAUGUGAUGUUUGGUCUAUGGGAAUUAUGUUGUUUGAGAUGCUAUAUGGCAAACCACCUUGGGAUGGAGAUAACUAAUAUAGUCUAUUACAAAAUAUUAAGAAAACUGCCUUAGUAAUACCAGAUGCUCCUGUUAGAAGUGAUAAAAUCAAGCAAUUGUUAAAACAUAUGUUAGUUGUAUAAGAAAAAGUAAAUCAAUUAUCAUUAUCUUUAGGAUAGGUACUCAUGGGAAUAAAUAUUUCAUCAUGAAAUCAUUCAAAUCCAAGAAGCAUAAAUUAAAAAUAAUUUAGAAUAAUUGAUGAAAGAAAAGGAUGAAUUAUCAAGAUCAGAGAGUUUAAAUAAAUUAUAUAUGGAAAUGAAUUUAGUUGUUGGAUAUCUUGAUUAACCUGAAUAAAUUAUACAAGAACCUUCCUCUCCUUAAUCUGCUUAGAGUACUGAGGAAAAAUAAUCAAUUGAUGAUAUUAAUCAUGAAAAAGUAUUCCAUAUUAUAUUAUUAGGGAUUACAAAUUAUAAAUCAAUAUGAUACUGAAUAAAAAAGACGCAAAGCUAUGCUAAAAUAUAAUACAUAUUUUUUAUUUGAAAGAAAUAUUGCAUUCUUUUUUAAUUAUGUCAUCCAAAAGGUAAUUAAGAUGUCACAUCAAGGAAUUUUGAAAUUAAGUUAAGAACUUUACUAUACGACAAUAUUUUGUAUCUCCAAAAACUAAAAUGUACAUCUCAAAAGAAUGUCUGAUUAAUUAAUGUCCAAAAACCCAGAAAAAUUUGAUAGAGAAACUUGGGGAAGAUAUUUAAUCAGUUAAGAAUAUAAAAAAAUAUUAACUGUUACUAAAAAUGAUAUUAAACAUACAGAAGAUUUUUAUUUAGAAAUUUAUAAGAAAGAAAAAUAAAUAAUUGAAAAGGAGUUAGCCUAACCUGAUAAUAAAAGAGCAUCAAAAAUAAAGUAAGUAUUAGAUGUUAAUUUUGAUUAAAAUCCAUUCUUUUAACAAUUAUAUUAAUAAGUUGUGUAAGAAAGUUUAGAAACUAUUAAAUCUACAAUCAAGUAAACUAAAGAAACUGAUUCAGUUUAUAAAGAUUUAUUGUAAUUAGGAUGGUUUUUAGUUAUUUGCUUAAAUCCAUAUUUAGAAUUUAAAGAUAUUAAUAUGGAUUUUAAUUAGUUUUAUGAGGAAAUGUAAACAUUAACAGAAGCCUAACUUUAAGAAAAAAUUGGUAAACGUUUAGAUUUAUGA